UUCGCCUGAAACUGCACUGCAACUUCGCUCUCUGCAGGUUCAAAAAAUUCUAACGGUCGGCUCAGGACGCUGCAGUUCAGUUUCACAUCUGUCGAAGUCUCCGUGUAAAUAUGGCACAAAACGUGAAUCCCCAUUCAGCCACAGAGCACAAUAGCUCUAUUAAAACCAACGACGAUAGACUACGGCUUUCUAAAGAUAACCACGCUGUCACCAAACGGCUUCAGAAAGAGCUGAUGUCUCUCAUGACAUGUGCCGAGAAAGGUGUUUCUGCAUUUCCCGAAGGUGAAAAUUUUUUCAAAUGGGUUGGCACUAUAUCUGGACCAGUUGGCACGGUUUAUGAAGGCUUAACCUAUAAAUUGAGCUUAGAAUUUCCGAACAGUUACCCUUACUCUGCACCAGUAGUUCGUUUUACAACAUCAUGUUUCCAUCCAAAUGUAGACACAGCAGGUAAUAUUUGCCUGGAUAUCUUAAGAGAGAAGUGGUCUGCACUUUACGAUGUUCGAACCAUACUAUUGUCCAUUCAGUCCCUACUUGGAGAGCCAAACAUUAGCAGUCCUUUGAAUCCUCAAGCAUCACAAAUGUGGGCCAACCAAGUACAAUACAAGAAGCAUCUGCAUGAAACAUAUCACAAAGAAAAUAGCAAAGAGAAGUAAGAUGCACGUUUAGAGCUAUUUACUGUUAUUGAGCAGGUUUACUUUAGUAGGUGUGUGCUAUGACGAGGUUCAACAUCCAGAUAAGAUAAGAAAUGGAUGUACUGGUUUUGAUUGUGUAAAUUUUUUUUUUUGUACUGAGUCCCGUGGGAUACUUGGGUACUUGUAAGUGUUCUAGCUGGACGUUAGAUUUAGUCAUUUCAUUCCAAAUUGACAAUAUGAGACUUAAUCUAACCUCACGCCUUUGUCACACAUCUUUGUACAUAUUCAAAAUCUAUCUCAUUGUAAAUUUAGAAGUGUAAAUUUCUGUCAUUAUUACUUUUCCAUAACCUAUUUCCUUCCUUGUAUGCUAUUUUAUGCUAUUUGAAGUGUCAGCAAAGAAUUUAUUGCCUUUAUGAUUUUAAUUUCAUUUUACAAGUACAAAUUAAGAUUGCAUCUUCAUUUUAUUUAUUACUUUCAAGUUACCACAGUUCAGGGGACCACUGCAAAUGCAAAUAUGAUAAUUCACUUUUAAACUUGUCUCUAUCACUUGCAAAUUUUAAAAUAUGUUCGAUGUAUUCUCUUUUCUCUUCUUAUUUGAUUCUAUUAAUAUGCAUGGCUUAAGUAUUUGGUUUCUUCAAUAAUCAAUAGACUGAUCUCCCUAUUAUGAUUGCUGGCUGGACUUUCUUUUAAUGUCAAUUCUAUAAAAUAUUCAAAAGAUGCAUAGUUAGUCUUUUUGUUCAGCUGCUUCAUAAAAUUAAUGUUUGUUUUUAAAUCUUGUCUUCCUGGUGUCUUAGAAUCUUUAGCACAUUCAAGAACUUACUAGGUCGACCAGUCUAGUAUCAAUGCAACAUUUCCGUUGUCAAUGUGUGAUAAUUUUUUUUUAUAUGGAAUUAGCUGUAGAAAGUGAGCUGAAAUAUCUGUACAGGAGUAUACCUUUAUGAAUUAUAAGAAUUAAAGUAGCUGAAUUUUGCUUUGAUUCAGUUUCAGCUCCUCUUUUAGCACUGCCAUAACUUACAACUGAAACCCAGUCUGAAUGCAUGCAUGUAUGUUUGUGUAGAUGUUUGAAUGAGCUUGUUUAUAUGUAGGAGGAUAUCAAUUUAGUUGGAAUUUACUAUGGUUUUCAAUGAUUUUGUGUUUAAGCACUACACUUACCCCUUGAAUUAGGUACAGUAAACAUUCCUUUUACAGCAGUAAUCAUUUUGUAAAAGAUAUCCCUCCGUGAUAAAAUGGUUCUGUAAGGAGCUUAAGGAUUAUUCUUCCAUUCAAUUUUGUUUUGUUGAAAUAUGUGAAGUGUGAUAUCAAUUCCUGUCUCAAUAUUAUUAAUUUUUGUGCUAGAACAUGUAGGUAAUAAAUUUGUCAGAUCAGAUGAGUGUUAUUCUAGGGAAUAUACCUUAGAAUAAGAUCUGUUUCUGUGAAGUAUUAGUGUCUGAAUGUAACCAAUCCAAAGAAAACUAAUUUGCUUGAUCUAAUUUUUGAAGUGUUUGUUUACUUUUGUACCUCCAGCCAAUGUUUGAUCAAUGAAAAUAGAAAUAAAUAUAUGUACGAAGUGAA